GAUCGGCGAGCAGGGGGCGGAGCCUGCGGCGGGCGGAGGUGUCCUUGCGGCGCAGGCCGGGUCGCGGGUUUAUAGCGGGCGGUCAGCGUGGUGCGACAGCUCGAACUCCGAGAGGCUUGCGUGUGGCGUCACCAUGUUGUCCCGGGCGGCGUGCAGUACGAGCCGGAAGCUGGCGACGGCUCUGGGGUCCCUGAGUUCCAGGCAGAAGUACACCCUUCCCGACCUGCCGUACGACUAUGGCGCCCUGGAGCCUCACAUCAACGCGCAGAUCAUGGAGCUGCACUACACAAAGCACCACGCGGCCUAUGUGAACAACCUGAAUGCCACCGAGAACAAGUACCUGGAGGCGCUGGAGAAGGGUGAUCUUAGUACUCAGAUAGCUCUUCAGCCUGCACUGAAGUUCAAUGGUGGAGGCCAUAUCAACCACACCAUUUUCUGGACAAACCUGAGCCCUAAUGGCGGUGGAGAACCCAAAGGAGAAUUGCUGGAAGUCAUCAAACGUGACUUUGGUUCCUUUGCCAAAUUUAAGGAGAAGUUGACGACUGUAUCUGCUGGUGUUCAAGGCUCAGGUUGGGGUUGGCUUGGUUUCAAUAAGGAACAGGGACGCUUACAGAUUGCCGCUUGUCCUAACCAGGAUCCCCUGCAAGGAACAACAGGUCUUAUUCCACUGCUGGGGAUUGAUGUGUGGGAGCAUGCUUAUUAUCUUCAGUAUAAAAAUGUCAGACCUGAUUAUCUAAAAGCCAUUUGGAAUGUAAUCAACUGGGAUAAUGUAACUGAAAGAUACAUGGCUUGCAAACAGUAAGGCGUUAGCGUUACACCGAGAACGUAAAGC